AUGACAGUGUUCGGAGGCCUAGCACUAGUGCUCAUCCUUAGCUGCUUCUCCUCUUGUUGCCUCCCCACUGUAUCCUCAGUUACCUCCGACUCCGAUGGCUUCCUCCAAUGCCUGUCGGAGAACAUACCGAGCGGGCUCAUCUACACUCAGGGUGCGAGCAACUUCAUCGACGUGCUGGUGUCCUCAGUCCGGAACCCCCGGCUGUUCAGCAACGCCACGGUGAGGCCGCUCUGCAUCGUCACGCCCGUCGACGUAUCCCACGUGCAGGCUGCCGUGCGGUGUGGUCGCGCCAACGGCGUGCGCCUCCGCGUGCGCAGCGGCGGGCACGACUACGAGGGCCUCUCGUACCGGUCCGAGCGGCCCGACGAGGUGUUCGGCGUCGUCGACCUGUCCAACCUCCGCGCCAUCACCGUGAGCGCCGACGACGAGCGGUCGGUGCCCACGGCAUGGGUCGACUCCGGCGCCACGCUUGGGGAGCUCUACUACACCAUCGCCAAGAACAACUCGGAGAUGGCGUUCCCGGGCGGCAUCUGCCCGACCAUUGGCGUGGGCGGGCACUUCAGCGGCGGCGGAAUCGGCAUGAUGAUGCGCAAGUUCGGCCUGUCCAUAGACAACGUGCUCGACGCCAAGCUGGUCAACGCCAGCGGCGACCUCGUCGACAGGGACGCCAUGGGGGAGGACCACUUCUGGGCCAUCCGGGGAGGCGGCGGCGAGAGCUUCGGCAUCGUGGUGUCGUGGAAGGUGAGCCUCGUCAAGGUCCCAUCCACGGUGACGGCCUUCAACAUCUUCAAGACGGUGGACCAGGGAGCCAUAGACGUCCUGACUAAGUGGCAAGACGUCGCGCCUGACCUCCCCAGCGACAUCACUAUCAGGGUCAUCAUCCAGGGACAGCGAGCAACGUUCCAGUCCUUGUACCUAGGCACCUGCAGCGACCUCGUGCCAACGCUGAACAGCUCCUUCCCGGAGCUCGGCAUGACGAGCGCCGACUGCCUCGAGAUGACAUGGCUGCAGUCGGCGGCCUUCUUCAACUCCUGGAACCGCUACACGCCGGUGGAGGCGCUGCUCGACCGGAAGACAAGCCUGAGGACCUUCACCAAGAACAAGUCUGACUACGUCCGGCGUGCCAUCCCCAGGGAAGCGUGGAACAACAUUUUCCCUUGGCUCACGAUGAGUGGUGCCGGGAUGAUCAUCCUGGAGCCCCACGGCGGGUUCAUCGGCACCAUCCCCGCCGGGGCGACGCCGUACCCGCACCGGAGCGGCGUGCUCUACAACAUCCAGUACAUCACGUUCUGGUCGUCGGGCAACGAACAAGGCGCUGCGGCGAUGACCUGGAUCAGCAGCUUCUACGACUGCAUGGAGCAGUACGUGAGCAAGAACCCGAGGGAGACGUACGUGAACUACCGGGACCUGGAUAUCGGCGAGAACGUGGUGGUCAACGACGUCAGCACGUUUGACAGCGGCAGGGUAUGGGGAGAGAAGUACUUCGCCGGAAACUUCCAGAGGCUCGCCGCGGUGAAAGCGGUAGUGGAUCCGACCGACUACUUCCGGAAUGAGCAGAGCAUUCCGCCGCAACAGAGCACGGCGAGCAAGCGUCGUUCCGGGUAG